AAAGAAGCUUGAAUAAAACGGGGAGCGCACGUUAACCCAGGUCGCCCCCACAGCGCACUUUAGCACACGUAAGCAAUGGCCUUCACCUGUGUCUACGUUUCUUCCUCCCCCCCUCUCUCUCUAUCCCUACCCUUAUCCUGCGCGGCAGCAGUCCUCCUAACUCCCUCCCGCUCUCUCUCCUCUAGGGUUAGGGCUCUCUCCCUUCCCAGUGGCCACAACAAAUUUCUUAUCCCUUAUCCCCCAAUGCUCUUCGGAUACUUAUUGGGAUUUCACUCAUUAGGGUUCUCUUCUCCUCCUUAUGGACGGCGAGCGGCGGCCGAAGAGCUCGUUCUCCUACUCGAAUCUCUUCAAUCUUGAGUCUUUGAUGAACUUUCAACUACCACAACAAGAUGAUGAUUUUGAUUGUUAUGGGAAUAGUAGUCAGGAUGAGAGCAGAGGUAGCCAAGUAGGUGGAGUCAUGGGAGACCGUAGUAAUGGGAUUAUGUCAAAGAGGGACUUGAGUUCGGCUAAGAAGAAGAAGCAGACCACAUAUGGUAGCGAGGACGAAGAGGACAGCAGUUACGGCGUCCGUAUUACAGAGGAGCGGUACAGGGCAAUGCUUGGAGAGCAUAUUCAGAAGUACAAGAGGAGGCCCAAUAAUUCUUCUACGACUCCUUCAUCUACCCGAAUUGGGAUUCCGGUCCUUAAAAGUAGUUCCAAGGUUCGAAAAUCUGAAAUAACAUCAGAUUUUCUCAACAAUGGUGGUUCUCAGAAGCUGGGGAACCAUCAUGAAGCAGAUUUUGCACCAGAAUAUGGCAUCGAUAGAUCAAUUUAUGAGCCUGCUUACCUGGAUAUUGGGGAUGGCAUCACUUAUAGGAUACCCCCAACCUAUGAAAAGCUGGCGGCGUCACUGAACUUGCCACGUAUGUCAGAUAUCAGGGUAGAAGAAUUUUACCUUAAGGGCACUCUUGAUCUGGGGUCAUUGGCUGCAAUGAUGGCAAAUGAUAAGAGGUUUGGGCCCGGAAGCCAGGCGGGAAUGGGUGAGCCCAGGACCCAAUAUGAAUCACUUCAGGCUAGAUUGAAAGCCAUGUCGGUUAGUAAUUCAGGUCAAAAGUUUAAUCUGAAAGUAAGUGACAUUGAGCUGGAUGCAUUUUCCAUCCCUGAGGGGGCAGCUGGAGGAAUAAGGCGAUCUAUCUUGUCGGAGGGUGGUGUUUUGCAGGUUUACUAUGUGAAGGUGUUGGAGAAAGGUGAUACAUAUGAGAUCAUCGAACGAAGUCUACCUAAGAGACAGAAGGUGAAGAAAGACCCUUCUAUGAUUGAGAAGGAAGAAAUGGAUAAGAUUGGGAAAUAUUGGGUUAACAUUGUUAGAAAAGACAUACCGAAACAUCAGAAGAUUUUCACAAACUUCCACAGGAAGCAAGUAGCUGAUGCCAAGAGGUUCUCUGAGACCUGCCAAAGAGAGGUGAAAAUGAAGGUGAGUAGAUCCCUUAAAUUGAUGAGAGGGGCUGCAAUUCGCACAAGGAAACUGGCCAGAGACAUGGUGUUGUUCUGGAAGAGAGUUGAUAAAGAGAUGGCAGAAGUGAGGAAAAGAGAGGAAAGAGAAGCUGCAGAAGCUUUAAAGCGUGAACAGGAGCUUCGUGAAGCAAAGAGGCAACAACAGAGGCUCAAUUUCUUGUUGUCACAAACAGAACUCUACAGUCAUUUUAUGCAAAACAAGUCUGCUUCACAAUCCUCUGAAGUGUUGCCUGUGGGCGAUGAUUUAUUGAAUGAGCAAGAAAUGCUUUUGAGUUCUUUAGAAGCUAAGCUUGGAGAGGAAGAAGAUCCUGAGGAGGCUGAAUUGAAAAGGGAAGCAUUAAGAGCUGCUCAAGAUGCAGUAUCGAAGCAGAAAAAACUGACGAGUACUUUUGAUACUGAAUGUUUGAAGCUGCGGGAUGCUGCUGAUUUGGAGGCCCCUCAGGAGGAUGCUUCAUUUGCAGGAUCUACUAACAUAGAUUUAUUGCAUCCAUCGACUAUGCCUAUAAAAUCAUCAGUGCAGACACCAGAGUUAUUUAAAGGUACCCUCAAAGAGUAUCAGCUUAAAGGUCUUCAAUGGCUGGUAAAUUGUUAUGAGCAGGGUUUGAAUGGUAUACUCGCUGAUGAAAUGGGCCUGGGAAAGACUAUCCAAGCCAUGGCUUUUCUGGCUCAUUUAGCUGAAGAAAAGAAUAUAUGGGGUCCUUUUCUUGUUGUUGCACCUGCAUCUGUCUUAAACAACUGGGCUGAUGAAAUUGGCCGUUUCUGUCCUGACAUGAAAAUUCUUCCAUAUUGGGGUGGGCCUCAAGAACGGACGAUACUUAGGAAAAACAUAAACCCAAAGCGUCUCUAUCGCCGGGAGGCUGGAUUUCAUAUUCUCAUCACCAGCUACUCAUUGCUAGUGUCUGAUGAAAAGUACUUCCGGCGUGUGAAAUGGCAAUACAUGGUUUUGGAUGAAGCCCAGGCAAUCAAAAGUUCGAACAGUAUUAGGUGGAAGACACUUCUCAGCUUUAAUUGUCGAAACCGCUUGCUUCUGACUGGUACACCAAUCCAGAAUAACAUGGCAGAAUUAUGGUCCCUACUGCAUUUCAUUAUGCCAACCUUAUUUGACAGCCACGAACAGUUCAACGAGUGGUUUUCAAAAGGGAUCGAGAGCCAUGCAGAACAUGGGGGCACGUUGAACGAACAUCAGCUUAAUAGAUUGCAUGCAAUUCUAAAGCCUUUCAUGCUGCGGCGGGUUAAAAAAGAUGUGGUUUCUGAGUUAACCACCAAAACGGAGGUCACAAUGCACUGCAAGUUAAGUUCUCGGCAGCAAGCUUUCUAUCAAGCUAUAAAGAACAAGAUAUCUCUUGCUGAGUUGUUUGACAGCAACCGUGGGCAUCUUAAUGAGAUUAAAAUUAUGAACUUAAUGAACAUUGUCAUUCAGCUGAGAAAGGUUUGCAACCAUCCUGAGUUAUUUGAAAGAAACGAAGGAAGUACAUACUUUUAUUUUGGAGACAUUCCGAAUUCUCUUUUGCCCCCACCAUUUGGGGAGUUGGAAGAUGUGUACUACUCUGGAGGUCGGAAUCCCAUUACAUAUGAGAUACCAAAGCUGGUCUACCAAGAAGUUGUUCGGAGUCCCAUCACAUUUUGUUCUGCUGUACAUCAUGGUGUUAGCAGAGAAUCAUUUGAGAAACAUUUUAACGUUUUCUCGCCAGAAAAUGUUUGUCAAUCUAUGUUUGCAGUAGGGAGUAGCUCAAAUGGGUGUUCUGCUCAAAGUGGAACAUUUGGGUUCGCUCAUUUGAUUGAUUUGUCCCCAGCAGAGGUGUCAUUUCUGACAACUGGUUCUUUUAUGGAGAGAUUAUUAUUUUCUAUGGUAAAGGGGGAUCAACAAUUCCUGGAUGAUGUCCUCAACUCGCUUAUGGAAGCUGAGGAUGAUGAUCUUGAUUGUAGUCAACUUGAGAAGGAAAAAGUAAGAGCAGUCACGCGAAUGUUGCUGCUGCCGUCAAAGGCACAGACCAGUCUAUUUAGAAGGAGACUUGCUACAGGUCCUGUGGAAGCUCCAUUUGAGGCUUUAGUCACGUCACAUCAGGAUAGAUUUCUAUCAAAUGUUAGGCUUCUCCAUUCAGCCUACAGGUCCAUUCCCAGGACCAGAGCACCCCCUAUCAAUGCCCAAUGCUCAGAUAGGAACUUUGCUUACCAAAUGCUUGAAGAACUACAUCACCCUUGGGCUAAGAGGUUGUUAACUGGAUUUGCACGGACAUCCGAUUUUAGUGGCCCUAGGAUGCCGGAUUGUCCUCCUCACUGUCUGAUUGAAGAGAUUGACGCUGAACUGCCUGUUUCGCAACCUGCCCUGCAUCUAACAUACGAAAUAUUUGGUUCAUGUCCACCCAUGCAAAGCUUUGACCCUGCAAAGAUGCUUACGGACUCUGGAAAGCUUCAGACAUUAGAUAUACUGCUGAAGCGCUUGAGGGCAGAAAAUCACCGUGUUCUUCUAUUUGCACAGAUGACAAAAAUGCUGAAUAUUAUUGAGGACUACAUGAAUUAUAGAAAAUAUAGAUACCUAAGGCUGGAUGGAUCCUCCACCAUAAUGGAUCGCAGAGACAUGGUCAGGGACUUCCAGCACAGGAAUGAUAUCUUUGUCUUUUUGCUAAGUACUAGAGCUGGUGGACUAGGCAUCAACCUGACAGCUGCUGAUACUGUCAUUUUCUACGAGAGUGACUGGAAUCCUACCUUAGAUUUACAGGCAAUGGAUAGAGCUCAUCGGCUGGGUCAGACUAAAGAUGUCACGGUCUAUAGGUUAAUUUGUAAAGAGACAGUUGAAGAGAAGAUUUUGCAGAGGGCGAGUCAGAAGAACGCUGUUCAGCAGCUCGUCAUGACAGGUGGUCAUGUACAGGGUGACCUAUUGGCUCCUGAGGAUGUUGUUUCUUUGCUUAUUGAUGAUGCACAGUUAGAGCAAAAAUUGAAAGAAAUUCCCCUGCAGGCUAGGGAUAGACAAAAGAAAAGAGGUGGAACGAAAGCUAUACGGAUAGAUGCAGAAGGUGAUGCAUCUUUGGAAGAUCUUUCAAACGCUGGACCGCGGGGAAAUGGAGUUGAGGCCUCUCCUGACCCUGAGAAAGCGAAGUCUAGUAGUAAAAAGAGGAAAGCUACCAAUGAGACACAGACUCAUUCAAAGCCAAGGCCUCGAGAUGUUCCAAAAAGUGCUGAUUCUUCAUCCCCCAACUCUAGGACGCUGAUGGACUUCGAACUGGACGAUUCCCUUCAAAACAUUGAUUCACAGCAACAGAGACCCAAGAGGCCAAAAAGGCCAACCAAGAGUGUCAACGAAACCCUUGAACCAGCGUUUACUCCUCCGUCAGUUGUGUUUCAAGAGAAGACCCAAAACCCACUUAUUCAUGAAGCCGGCUCUUGAUUCAGAGCUGGAGCUGAGGAAGAUAUUUCAGGCCGUGGUUGAAGUUAAAACUUGUCAAAUGGGUAAUGAUUCUAUGAUGCAGGGAAACCUUGCUUUGGCUGAUCAUGAUCAAGCCCUUGUUCUGUGGAGGAUACGACAAAACUUUGCGACCUUUUUGCAUUAGGUCCAACGGAGAAGUACGAAGGACAAGAAGGAAAAUUGUAUCAUGGUGUGUUGUACAGAUUAUUCAUUCAAGACUUUCUGGUCAUUUUGCCGGUUAUUACACUGGUAGAUUUUGGCAUGUAUAGUUAGGAGAUCUCUCUCUUACCCCAAAUUCCGUCAUAGAACUUGUUAGAGCAACGAUUUUGUAAGCAUAAGAAAGCUGCAUUAUUUUGGGUGGGGAUAUUAUAUGGAGAAAUAUGGGCAGCAUUGAUA